AUAGAAAAUUUCAGUCCAGAGUUACUUCUCCUUUAAUCAAUAACAUUCCAUUCAAACAUUUUUAGCAUAAUACCAAAGCAUACAAAGAAAACGAUAAGUCGAGAGUAAUAAGAAAGUUGUUUGUAAACAUCGCGGGGCCAGUCUAAAUGAUUUAACGUAAAAAUGUUUUAUUUUGUAAUUAUUUUAUCGAUUUCCCUAUUAGCGUCCCAAACCACACCAACAUUAUCAACGCUGAUUCAUAAAAUUCUUUUCAAACGACCCAGUGAAUCAGAGUUUGCAUUUUUAACCGGUGAAGAUAGUAGUGCCGUUGCGGAUUGCGCUAAAGAAGUAUGUGAUGAGAAAAAGCUCAUGUUACGUCUGGCUACGCUGAAAGUUAUUAGCCCGGAACGAAUCGUUCUAAUGUUCACUUCGGAUAAUUUGAAUGACUUGUGCAGGAAGUUAGGUUCAAACAUCGAUGAAGUUAAGCAUGAAUUCAAGUCAUGUACUCCGUUGAAACGGGACAAUCUUUACUGGAUGCUAUUCCAAGGAGUAGAAUCAAUGUAUGGAAAAAUAUGCAACUCUACCAAACCCGGAAAAUCUUUACAAAAUCUGAUCAACAAUCGUGAUUGCAUCGUUGAGUUACGUGAGGAGUAUAUCGAUUGUGAAGGGCCGGCUGAUUGGUUUGAAAAGGAGAACCAAACGACUUUGUGCGAGAUCUACCACGACGUAUUAAAUUGUCAGUUCGUUAAGACAGCCGAAUUGUGUGGAAUGGAAGUGGCUCAUUCACUUAGACUGUUGACGAAGACCGUUUUCGAUGGUACAUUGUUGUUCAAAUGCAAUGUUGGUGAUCCGCCAAAUAUUCCAUGCCCCAUGCCAAAUGAAGAAUAUUCGGCCUCAAUUGCGACGAGGCAAAACACACUUGGGCUAACAAUAUUGGUUUCCGUAUAUUUAUUCAGCUGCUAAUAAAGAUCUUAAUUCCUUAAUUGUUCUUUUUGCUGCCACCGAAACCAGCAAAGCCCAUUAUAGCCGCAAUGUCUGAUGUAGCCUUACUAUCAGCAUCGUCCGCUUCCUCUUCGGCCUUUCGCUUGCGAUCUUUCCGUUUUUCCCGUUUAUAUUCUUUGUAUCGUUCCUCCUCUUCCUUGGCCUCGCGAA